AUGUCGCGGCCACUUUUCACAUCUACAGCUGCACGGCGGUUAUCCCAACAGCAGGGCCGACUCUUCUCAACGUCCCGACCGGCUUUGCGCCUCUCCGCAUCCUCCUCCGCCGGCCAACUCGCUACCCGCCGACUUAUAGCUGCUUCGGCAGGUGCACCUGUUUAUAGGCCAUUCGUACGAGGAUGUCUAUCUCGGUCAUCACCUGUCCGCCAAUCCGUCGCCUCCUUUUCCUCCUCGUCCGCUCGUCUCGCUACCAAGAUCACGCAAAACCCGAGAACCGGAGAUGAUGGAGAGGCUCUUAUGAUUAAUAUCUCUCCUCGCGCUGUGGCGCGUCUCCGCGCCAUCACCGACCCAUCCGCCUCACCCUCCGCUACCAAAGAAGAAAACCCUUAUCAUCACCUCCGCAUCACUGUGACCAGCGGCGGCUGCCAUGGCUUCCAAUACCUGAUGUCACUCGAAUCAGCGAGCAAGAUUGAUGCGGAGGAGGAUACCAUUUUCGAAGGCGAGGCAGAUCCCUCGGAAGCUGCAAACGCCGCCGGCACGGCAAAGGUCAUUAUGGAUGAGCCCUCGCUAGAACUGCUCUCUGGCAGCACGGUCGAUUACACCACCGAGUUGAUCGGUAGCCAGUUCAAGAUUGUGGAUAACCCGCGGGCAACGAGUAACUGCGGCUGUGGCACGAGCUUUGACGUGAUGGACUGA